UAGACUCACUCUAGAAAAGACCAUUCUACUUCUAUAUUAAGCGAGAGUGUCAUAGAGCCUCACAUAUAUAUUUAAAGUCUCUUGAAUAAAUAAAUAAAUAGUAAGAGUAAUCAAUAAUUCACUUGUUCUCAAGCUCAGUCAUCACCAUCAUCAUCUUACUUCACGUUGGGCUAGAAUUGACCUGAGAGAAGUGAUACGUGACGGGAUCUGAUUAGUUUACCGGAAAUAAAAUGGGGAGGACGACUUGGUACGACGACGAGGGUUUGAAAAAAGGAGAGUGGACGGCGGAAGAAGACAGGAUGCUCGUCGCUUACAUCAACGAAUACGGUCUUGGGGACUGGCGUGCUAUGCCUAAGAGAGCCGGUCUGCAAAGAUGUGGAAAGAGUUGUAGAUUAAGGUGGUUAAAUUAUUUGAGGCCGGGAAUUAAAAGAGGCAAGUUCACUCCUCAGGAGGAAGAAGAUAUCAUCAAAUUUCAUUCCCUUCUUGGUAACAGGUGGGCAGCAAUAGCAAAGGAAAUGCCAAACAGAACAGACAAUGACAUAAAGAAUCAUUGGAACUCAUGUCUUAAGAAAAGACUCGUUAGAAGUGGAAUCGAUCCCAUGACCCAUGAGCCUGUCGUCAACGUGAAAGCUAAUUCCUCCUCAACGACGUCCUCUCCAACACUGACCCCUUCUUCUUCUACUACUUCUUCCUCAUUUUCCUCCACAAGCUCCGCACGUCUACUUAACAGGCUUGCUGCGGGAAUCUCCUCCAGAAAACAGGGAUUCGAUAGGAUCAAGAGUGUGAUAUUAUCAGAACCAAGACAAGCUGUUAAAGAAGAUGCCUUGAUGAUAAGCAGCAAGGAAGAGGAGGAGGAAGUUAAUGGUUGUUUCAUGGAGAGUGACGAUAAUCUGAUCAGUACGACGUCGUUAUAUGAGUUGCUUUCCGAGCCUUACGAUAUGUACCAAUCUGAUUUCGGUCUUGAGGUUGAUGACCAAUUUGACCUUUUCCUCGAAAUUCCCUCUCUUGGACAAGAUUUAUCUUGAAUCUCUUUCUUUUGGUAUCAGUGACGAAUGAGAGAAAGAGACUCCUGAAAAAACCAAGUGCCUUUAGUAGUUUAUUACUAUAAAUGACAUGCAUAUAUGGUCAAUAAUUCUGAGUUUGGACUGUCUCUUUUUUUGUUCGAUUACCUCUCUCUAUCUCUUGCACAUGCUUACAGCCCUACAUGCCUAUCUGAGGAGGGAUUUCAUGCCAUUUGAAUGAAAGAAGCCUAUGUAGUACUAUAUUACUUAAUUGACUGUUUUAUCAAAAUGGUUUGUUGUUGAAACUUUA